GGCUUGGCGCUAGAAUGAAAAAAAAGAUUGGGCCAACGACACUUACAAGCAAAAAGCCAUUACGUCGGUUGUAGCCCCUCAUACAUAUACAGACAAAUGGUGCCCCCCUCCUCCCCCGUUUCUCACGGACGCCAGUCCACCGCCAUCUUUUGUGAUUUUACAUGAAAAGUGUAUCUUGUCCAUCUUCUUGUUCUUGUCUUGAUAUAUCUCUAAUUAUUCCGUUUCUCUACUUCACCAUCGAGGCGCAAACCUUCAACCCACACAUUCGCCGCCAUGCCCGGCCUCCGAGCACCAUCGCCUUCAGGCUUCCGCCGCCGCAGCGUUUCGCUUAGCGGCCUCUCUCUGGGCGAUAAACCGGUUGAGGCUCCCAAUUUCAACCAAAUCAUAUUCCCACGUCUAUACAAAGAAGCAUGGACCGAGGAGGUCGGUAUGAAUGACGGCGACCGCGCCAGAGUCUAUCUGCUGCGCAUGGCCAGAAUGGACCCCAAUCCCAUCAUCUUUGAAGAGGUGCGAUCGAUUGUUAGCGAUGACCGCCUUCGCACCAUUCCCUGCAUGGCCGGUGCUAUCAAGACCCGAAUCUACGGCAACCGACAUGCCUCGUUCGAAACAACACCCUUUCUACAAUGUGUCCGGUAUAUGCUGAUCCGAAGCCACCUCGGCGAUAAGAUGGUUUUGGAGCGCACACGCGAGGUCAUGGAUUUCUUCUUUGAUCCAACGCUGGAGCGCAACCUGAAGCCUCCUCCUCAAGGCGAAGUUCUCAUUGAACACUACCCGGCCGCCAAGCUCAAGGUGUGCAUUGUCGGUGGCGGCCCUACUGCUCUGGCCAGCGCUAUUGCUCUCGCCGAGAAGGGCCGCGGCGACGUCGAAGUCCACAUGUACGAGAAGCGCUGGAUAGAAAAGUUUGACGCCAGUGGUAAGCGUACAGUAGACUAUCCUGCCAACGCUCGACGUCGCGACCAGGUUGUCACGCUACAAGAUUCCGUCACAGUCCUACUUAGCAAGCCUUCGUAUGAAGCCCUCUUUGCUGGCCGUCCAGAGCGUGUGUGGCCCGGUUCAGCCAACAUUCAGAUCCGAAAAGUCGAAGACCGCUUCCUCAAGCGCGUCCAAGCACCCGAGUUUAACGGCCUUAUCCACUUACACACGGGUGGCAUGACCCGAGAAGAGCUAUGUGACGCCGGCGACUUUCACCUGCUGCUUGGUGCUGAUGGUGCGGCGUCCUGGGUUCGGCAAUCAUAUUUCCAGGGUUACGAAAACGAGCGAGGACGCAGUUACGCUCUUGGUCUCGCCUUUGACCGCCCAGCUGGCCUACCUUGGUCUCAACCGCUCAACGUCUUCCUUACGCUUGGCCAGACUCGAUACCUGCUCAACGCAAGCGACCACGACGGCCGAGGAUAUCUCAACAUGCAGCUCACAGAACAAGAAUGGCACAAGAUGGUGGCUCUGGAUGGCCAGCCGGUACACUUUGGCCGUCCGGGAUGUCUUCGCCAAGCCGAUGGUACUGUGCCGCCUGGCUUCACAGAGAGCAACGUGUUUGCACCCUCAGAAGACCGCUCCAGCCCCAUGUGGACAGCCAUUUCUGACGGUCUGAAGCUGUUUGGUUUCAAGGAGGAAGAGGUCAUCAACAUUGUGCGCAUCCCUAUUGUCGUCCAGGCCGUAAGGGAAGGUGUUCAUAUCCUCCCUGCCGGCGAGACUAGCAAAAUCACCCGUCCUCACGCUCUUGUUGCUGUAGCAGGUGAUGCAGCUAUGACAGUGCACUUUUGGCCCGGCCGUGGCCUCAACAGUGGCAUCAAAGCUGGCCUUGCACUGGGUGAUGAGCUAGUACAUGCGCUCAACUCGGGCAAGUUUGUGGGUAUGCCGUUGGAAGCUAUGAGCGAGUACAACAGCUUCAUCCUCAAACUGCAGGAUCGCGAACACGACAAGCGCAGUAUCCCUAUUCUCAACCAAUCUGGAUCGCCCGAGAUGCUGGGCUGGCUGUUGGAAAAGGCACAGAGCGUGCCCGACACUGUGGCCAUUGAAUGGCUUGUCGGUGCUAUGGCGCAGAUUGCAGACCGUCUGCAGCGCCGCGAUGACUGGGCAUACAAGAUAGAGACCAACAUUGAGCCGCAGCUGCGCAUUGUGCUGCGCCAGCUGCAGUCCAUGACGCUCAAAGAGAUGGCCGUUAGUUUCCCGUGGCCAACACGUGAGAUGGCCGGUGCGGAAGUGCUUCCUCUGCGGUCUAUGAAACCGGAGGAGAAGCAAAAGUGGCUCCAGAGUCUCUGGACCACGCUGCGCACCGAGAAGAAGAAGGACAGGAGGAGUAUACAGCCCGAUCCGCUAUCACCGCCUCCCACUGGCCGCUUCGAGGCCCCCAAGGGCCUUGCGCCUCCGGUGAACCCUGCUGUCAACGGCAUCAAGAGGAGCAAUGCUACGCAGUCGGUGCGACACGGACGAAGCGCGCUGGCUGUACCAGGAGGCGAAAACGGCGGUAGCAGAGAUAGAUCGCCGAGUCCAGGACCGAUGCCGGCAGAAGUCACAUUGACAAGAAUGCUAACCGUGCAUAAGAGACCGCCCAAGGCUAUGCUGGACGAUGCACUCUCACUUGCUCUGUUUAGAAUGCAAGAGACGAACUAGCCAAUACUAGACUAAACGACUAGCGUUUAUUCUAGAAGAAGCAUGCAAGUGGAAGGAUUUUAUCAUGGUGUGAGACGAGGUUGGGUUGCUUUUUUGUGCAUAUGGCUGUAUGUGCAAGUGUAUAUAAUGAUUUGCAAGAUAAACCAUUGUUGAGUACAAGUUCCAACAAACCCAAAUAGAAUGAAUUAUACCGAAUAAACUAUUCAUAGUAC